AUGGCAUUCAAUUCGCGAAUGAGCCAGCAGGGUGGUCGGAACAAGAAAAAAGAAGACGAUAGUGAUGCGCUAAUGCGACUUCCGGAUAGGGAAAUCGCAGGAUGUAUAAACGAUAUUGGUGUCCCGUUCUCCGUCGCUGACCUGGUCAAGCCGAAUCCACAACAAAUCCAAUUAGUCUUUGAAUCGUUCGCGGAGCUACUAAUGAAUGCAACUCGAGAAACUGUUGAGCCGGCCAUGCGCGCAGCUGCGGAGGAUAUAUGUCCAGACCAUUGCGGCGUCAACGACUUUGCCUUUACGGAUCUUACAAAACCUACACACGACCGUCUUGUCAAGAUAUUCUCAUACCUUAUUAACUUUGUCCGGUUUCGCGAAACACAAACAGCCGUGAUAGACAAACAUUUCAGUAAAUCAGAGACGACCAAGGCGCGGAUCGAGACGUUAUACGAAGAGAACCGGGAAAUGCAACAGCGGUUAGCGGAGAUGAGCAGGCAGCAGAAGGCAAUGGAGGGCCCGGUAAAUGAUAAGAUUAAGAGGAAUGACGAAUUAAAAGUCAGAUUGUUGGAAUUGAGGCGGAGUCAAGAACGUGUCGCGGAGACCCUCGAGCGAGUCAAGAUGGAGAAGGCACGUAAACAAACCCAUCUCGAAGAAAUGACCGAGAAAAUCUUGAAGAGUCGACAGGAGAGCGAGAAACUACGGCCAUACGUAUUACAAAGCCCGGCGACCCUUCAAGCAUCUCUAACAGACUUGACGGACAGUCUAAUGAGGGACAAACUACAGAUCGAUAAUAUGGAAAAGAGAAUGCGCGCAUUACAAACGUCAAUGGACACGUUUAAUGUUGUUGCCAAUGAUGUCCAAAGUUGUGUAAAAGUUUUGGAAGACAUUGCUCUAGAGCUGCAGAAGGAGGAGGAGGAAGAUGCUCGUGCCAUUCGAAACAGGGAUGCGCUCACAGAGCGAGGAAACACAGUCCGGGAAGUGGCUCAAACGGAGAAACUUCUGCAACGACAACUAUCUCGUUGGAACGAACGGACGGAAGCGCUACGGAAGAGCAGUCGGGAAAAACAAGAGUUGGCACAAGCGCGGAUGGAGGAGCUGAGGGGAAUACAAAAGCAGCUUCGCGAGGAACUUGCGGAGAAGCAACGGCAUAUGGAGCGGCGAAGGAUUCGGAUCGAACAAACAGAGAAAAAGAUGGUAGACCUCAAGGAAAAUAUCGAGAAUGAAAUCCACAGUGCCCACGAUGAGUACUUGAAGUUAGAGUCCCAUAUUAAGCUUUAUAUCACGGAAAUGGAAAAAUGUCUCUGA